CGCGGAAAGUCGCAGGUUUACCGGGUUGAUGUCGAAGGACAGCCGGCAUGACGGUCGCCGGCGCGGCGGGGGUCAGCAGCACCGGCUCGGGCUGCGGGUGGCUCAGAGCGGCGACGGCAGAGACAGGUCGGCUAGUAACAGCUCUGGAUCCUCUCAUGGUGGAGGGAAAGGCAGAAAUACGCCCAUCAACAUCGCACUGAAGGCCUCGUUCCAGCGCUCCAACAGCCAUGAUAAGGUGAGAAAGAUCGUGGCGGAGGAGGGACGGGCUGCUAGAAACCUCAUUGCAUGGAGUGUCCCAGUGGAGAGCAAGGAGGAAGAAGCGAAAUCAAAGAGUCAUGGUAACAGCAACGCAAGAGCUCAGAGAAUCAACUCCGGCCUCCACAGGAACAAAAAGCAGAACUCUGGAUUGGACUGCAAAAAUGGUCCUGGGUCGAUAUUGGACAAAGGACCUGAGAAGAGUCCCACCAAGACUAGACAACCACGAAAGGUGGACCUCAGGGCUCGAUACUGGGCCUUUCUGUUUGAUAACCUGCGGAGAGCAGUGGACGAGAUCUACGUCACCUGUGAAUCUGACCAGAGCGUGGUGGAGUGUCGGGAGGUGCUGAUGAUGUUGGAUAACUAUGUGCGAGACUUCAAAGCUCUAAUAGACUGGAUCCAGUUGCAGGAGAAGCUGGAAAAAACAGAUGCUCAGAACAGGCCCACGUCUUUGGCUUGGGAAGUUCGAAAGAUGUCACCAGGACGCCAUGUGAUGUCUAGCCCCUCCUCAGACCGGAUUGUUCCAUCACCAGGUGUUCGUCGUGCCCUCAAUUUUGGUGGUCCUCCUCCCACUUUGGCUGUGGCACGUCUGUCCCACACUGGACCAAGCUGGGCCGACCGGGUCAAAUCUUCCCAUUCCCUACCUGUCCCUAGCCAAAGCGUCUACAUCCCUGCUGAAAAACCAGCAAAGAAAGAUGCAGAAGGCUGGGAGACGGUGCAGCGUGGGCGCUCCAUGAGGCCAAGGGCCAAAGUAAGCCCAGUUCUGGUUCAUGCGAGCCCCAAAGACGACAGUGACAAGGAGAACCAGCACGUCCAACCCUCACCCCAAGACAAAUCUCAGGACGUGAGGGAGCAAGAGCCACCCAUACCCCAAGAGCCCAGCAAAGAGAUGGAAAAGACCCCGGUCAUCGAGCACCCAGCAGAAAGUAUUGAAGAGGAAGGGCAGAGUGUCAGCGCCCCCUCUGAGGACACGCCACCCCUCACGUCCGACCCCACGCCGCCCCCUACUUCUCCCCUUUUGCAGGUUCAGUGCCCGGACUUGGUUCCCGAUCCAAGCCCUCAUCCUGUAACACUUGUUCAGUCAGAGGAGACGGGUACUGGGCUAACCAAAGUGGAGCAGGGGACGGAGGGGUCGGUGUGGAAGGUCGCAACACCAUCAACAAAAGCGGAGGCACCGGUCUACGUUCCCCUGGCAGUGAUGACACUGGAGAGCUUGCUGGACCCCACAGAACUUUCUACUCCUCAAUCCAUGGCUGAAGUUUUGGCUAAGAAGGAGGAGAUGGCUGAUCGUCUGGAAAAAGCCAAUGAAGAGGCGAUUGCGAGCGCCAUCGCGGAGGAGGAACAGCUGACACGAGAGAUCCAGGCGGAGAACAGCGAAUUGGAAACCGACAAUGAGAGCGACUUCUCUGCAAGUAUCGGGAGUGGAAGUUGUGGCUUGAAUUUGGACUGGAGCGAGAUGUUGGCUGAUUACGAGGCUCGAGAGCCGUGGCGUCAGAGCACUUCAUGGGGUGAUAUUGUAGAGGAAGAACCCGCGCGUCCACCAGGGCAUGGCAUUCACAUGCAUGAGAAGCUGUCAUCACCUUCACGCAAACGAACUAUUGCCGAGUCCAAGAAGAAACACGAAGAGAAACAACUGAAAGCCCAGCAGCUCCGAGACAAGCUGAGAGAGGAGAAGACCCACAAGCUGCAGAAACUGAUGGAAAGAGAGAAGGAUGUUAGGAAGUGGAAAGAAGAGCUGCUGGAUCAGAGGAGGAAGAUGAUGGAGGAGAAGCUGCUUCAUGCUGAGUUCAAGCGAGAGCUUCAGCUCCAGGCCAUCGUGAAGAAAGCGCAGGAAGAGGAAGCCAAGGUGAAUGAGAUCGCUUUCAUCAACACUCUGGAGGCUCAAAACAAGAGGCACGAUGUUCUGGCCAAGCUAGACGAAUAUGAACAGCGGCUCAAUGAGCUGCAGGAGGAACGCCAGCGCAGGCAGGAAGAAAAACAAGCCCGUGAUGAAGCCGUUCAGGAGCGUAAGCGUGUGCUGGAGGCUGAGCGGCAGGCGCGUGUGGAGGAGCUGCUGAUGAAGAGACGCGAGCAGGAGGCCCGAAUCGAGCAGCAGCGGCAGGAGAAGGAUAGAGCCAGAGAAGAUGCAGCGCGAGAGAGAGCCAGGGAUCGUGAAGAGCGUUUGGCUGCUCUCAGCGCAGCUCAGCAGGAAGCCAUGGAGGAACUGCAGAAGAAAAUCCAGAUGAAGCACGACGAGAGCAGUCGCAGACACAUGGAGCAGAUGGAGCAGAGGAAGGAGAAAGCCGCUGAGCUGAGCAGUGGGAGACACGCAAACACAGACUACGCUCCCAAACUCACACCGUAUGAACGGAAGAAGCAGUGCUCGCUCUGUAACGUUGUGAUCACCUCUGAGGUCCACCUGUUCAGUCACAUUAAGGGGAAAAGGCACCAGCAGGCGGUGCGGGACAGCAGCAGCAUUCAAGGGCGGGAGCUCUCUGAUGAGGAGGUGGAACAUCUCUCUCAAAAAAAGUACAUCGUAGACAUCGUCACCGACAGUAUUGUGUCCUCCGACAAUGCAAAAGAUGGAGAAGAGAGGCAGAAAGCUCGGAAGAAGGCCAAGAAACUGCGUGCACGCAUGAACUCAAGGGCUAAAGAGUACGAGACCUGCAUGGAAGCCAAAAGCCAGACCUCCGACUCUCCGUACAAGGCCAAACUCCAACGUCUGGUGAAGGACCUGGUAAAGCAACAGCAGGGGCAGGACAGUGGCCAGUGGGCCAGUAACAAAGUGUCCGGCCUGGACAGAACUCUUGGGGAGAUCUCACGAAUUCUAGAAAAACAGAAUAAUGCUGAUCAGGUAGCGUUUCAAGUAGGAGGGGGUUUGUCUGCUCUGGAGCAAAUCCUUCAAGUUGUCACCGCCAUCUCCAGUCCCACCGCCGUCCCACGUAUUCCACUCAAGUCGCUGUGCGCUGCCGUGAACACGUAUUACCUGUCCUGCACACACUGCCACAACAACUGUGCCUAUGUUCUCUACAGCAACAAAAUUACCUUUCUCAUGGACCUUCUUCUACAUCAGUUAACACUCUUUGUGCCGGAUGAAGAUAAGUCCAUCUUCGGCCGCAGUGUGAAUAAGCAGGUGUUUGAGGGUUUGACUACAGGACUCCUGCAGACCGUUGCCACAGUUCUGGGUCAGUUGUAUCCAACUAAUUUGGAUGGAGACGCUCCACGUAUCUGCACUCCAGACAUCAAGAGCAAACCUGCCGCCAGUGAGAACUUCAACACACGCGCUCAGGAUCUCAUCAGCUAUGUGGUGAACGUGGGCUUGAUUGACAAGUUGUACGGCUGCUUCCUGUCCAUACAAGGGCCAAUCGAUGAGAGUCCCAAGAUGGCUGCCUUUCUGGAGCAAGCCACUGCUUUCCUCCAUGGCUUGUGCAAGUUGUGUUUUGCAGUGACCGGUCGGUCUCUGAGUGUCUUUGACAACAAGCGUCAGGACCCGACUGGUUUGACGGCGCUCCUGCAGAGCACAGAUCUGGUCGGUGUCCUUCACAUGCUUUACUGUAUCCUGCUGCACAGCGCCCCUCCUGAGCCUCUGUCCGGCGGCCCCGCGGGCCCCCAGGGGCCUUACAGCGCCACUGUCAUCCAGGUGGCCCUGCAGGGGCUGCGCUUCCUGAACACCUUCUCUCUGCUGGACCUCUCAGCCUUCCAGGGUGUUUUAGGAGCGGAGGGUCUCUCUCUGGCCUUCAGACACAUUGUGAGCUCUUUGCUGUGGUUUUGCUCUCAGCAGAGCUCAGAGGAUCUUCUUCAUGAGCUCAUCAUCUGCGUCGGCUACUUCACCGUCAACCACCCCGACAACCAGGUGAUUGUGCAGUCUGGCCGUCAGCCCAGCGUGUUGCAGAAACUGUGUCAGCUGCCGUUCCAGUAUUUCAGCCACCCGCGACUCAUCAAAGUGCUCUUCCCCUCGCUCAUCUGCGCCUGCUACAAUAACCUGCAGAACAAGGUCAUCCUGCAGCAGGAAAUGAGCUGUGUGCUGCUGGCCACCUUCAUACAGGACUGUGCCACCAACGAGAACCAAUCAGACAGCCGAGUUUCACAGCCAGAGAAGGGCUGUGCUGCUCUGGACUACUGCGAACUCUCCAACCGCUUCCCCAGAGACCAGUGGGACGCCGCGCUUCAGUUCUUCCUCAAGAAGCAGGACGAGUGAGCGAACCAGAGCGCAUUACACACACUGACAGUACAGCCAGAUGAACUGUGUCACAGGAGAUUUAGUAAUCAAAACUUCAUUAAACCUGUCAAUCAGUAGUCAGGCUUUCCUAGUGGUUAUCCAGCAACUGUAUAUUAGCAUAAAAAUAUAUAUAUAUAUCAAACACAAACUGACUUUUCACAUAUGUAUUUAUGAGCAAUAGAAUGUUUACAAGUUUGAUUUACAUGGUUUUACCUUUUGGACACAUUCAAAGUAACCAUCAUUCCUGAUUUUCAUAAAAGAUAGAAUCUCUUUCUGAACUUUCGACAGUUUUUGGAUUGAAGUUAAGCUUUUUUUGGGUUAGUAUAAUUGUUCAGUUUUACUGUUAUUGUAUUGUUCUGUAAAUGAAAAGAUAUCGAUAUUUGAUGUAGAAUAAAAAAAAGAAUACUUGUUUAAUUUAGGGAGAAUGCCAAGGAACCUCAUCUGUCUCUUUUCGUGUUCCAGUUUGUUUCUAUGAAUAUAAGGAAGAUUUCUUCAUGUUGCUGAUGUUGAUUUUUUUCUUUGUUUUUGUGAUUCUUUGCUUGUUUGAUUUUUUUUUAUACUGUAAUUUAUACACAGUGAAACUGUACUGAACACAUUUUUUCUUUGUUGAACCUGUUUUCUCUCUAAAAGCAUUGAUGCACUUAAGUUUAAUUUAAGAAACGUACGAGUUUAAUAAAAUAUUUAAUACUGCACAA